AUGAAGCGUCCAACUUCUUCUUCUCUAUCGUAUAUCCUUCCUGCGUUAUCGCUGUCCUUUGUCCCACCAGGGGUGUUUGGAAAACCAAUUUCUCGCACCACUAAGUGUACUCAGGCUCAGCAUCCUGGGCCUAGUAACCCCAGCUUUGAGACAGGCGAUCUCACUGGAUGGCAGGUGCUGAGCGGCACCGCCUUUGGCAAUAGCUCCGUCACUGCUCUGACCUCGUACUGGGGAGGCCCCUUCAACCAGAAGGGGAAGUACUUUGUCGAUAGCUUCGUCGCCUCUGGGGACCCUGCCAUUGGGCAGCUCCGGUCUGAAUCUUUUCGUGCGAGCUCGUAUCUCAGCUUCCUCAUUGGCGGCGGCUAUGACCCCGUUAAUCUCUACGUUGGCCUAGUGCGCGACAGUGACGGGGCCCUUCUGGUUAGCCAAACUGGUAUGAACGAUGAAGCACUUAUUCGAAUCAUCUGGGACACCUCGGCGUGGGCCGGCCAGAACGUGCAUCUGCUCGUGUACGACAACAACAGCGGCUCAUCGUGGGCUCACAUAAACAUCGAUGAUGUCCGCACUGGAUGCAAUGCCCUCCAGGACGACAAUGGCCUUACCUUUACGGUGUUCGGCGAGGCCAACCAGCCCGCCACGGGCAGCUCGCCCUCCUGCAACCUUUACGCUGCCGAUGUCGUGCGUCCCCAAUACCAUUAUACUCCCUACCAGGGCUGGAUCAAUGACCCAGCUGGUCUCAUCCAGUGGAAUGGCCAGCAUCAUCUCUUCAGCCAGUUCUACCCAGAUGCCCCCCUCUGGGGCCCUAUGCACUGGUCUCAUGCUACCAGCCCAGACGCCGUACAUUGGGCCGAGCUCCCUGCCGCGCUGUAUCCACCAUAUCCAAACAAUCCACAAGAUACCAGCGGCCGCUGGACGGGUAGCGCCGUCAACGACAGCCAGAACCGGCUUCAUCUCGUCUUCACAGACUUCACCGACCUUGCAUUCCACCCUGGUGCCACGGAACAAGUUGUCUCAACGGCGACAAGCAGCGACGGUACAUCCUACUCUCUAUACCCACAAAACCCCGUCAUCGGUACCGUCCCCCCAAACUCUGGUAACGGUUUCCGUGACCCCAAGGUCUUCCAUGACCCGACGGAUAACAGUUGGAAGCUAGUGGUGGGCUCUGGUGAUGGUAGCCAAGGCAAGGUGCAUCUAUACCGGUCGACGGACCUGCUGUCAUGGACGUACGUCGGGGUGCUGUUUGAGGGUGACGGUUUCACAGGCUCGAUGUGGGAGUGUCCGAACUUCUUCCCGGUGGGCAACAAAUGGGUGCUCUUCUACGGUGGCCGCAGCCUUGGCUGGUUCGAAGUAGGAACCUACAAUGGUACCUCUUUCACCAGCGAGACACGCGGCCUACUGGACGCCGGCCCCGACAGCUACGCCAUGCAGUGGUAUCAAGACGCCGCCGGCCGCAACCUCGCCAUCACCUGGCUGGGCAACUGGCCGACCUCUAAGUGGCCGAGUCGCUUGAACGGCUGGGCUGGACAGCAGUCAAUCACCCGCGAGCUCUUCAUCCGUCCCGACGGUGGCCUGGGCAGUCGCCCGAUCCCCGAGCUGGCUAGCCUCGAACAGUCAGGAAAUGCCAAAUCCUGGACACAGAAGACCGUCGGCGAUACCGCAAUCGUUCUGGGCCAUACCACCACCGCUCGUCUCCGACUCACCGUCGAUGUCCCUUCUGCUUCCGCGACCUCCUUCUCUAUUCGGCUGUUCUCAUCAUCCGCUGAGUUCGUUCUCGUGUCCUACAACUUCGCCACGAGGAUCCUCACCCUCGACACCUCCAACGCCGGCUACGGUCAGACAGGGCAGUGGCAGCCUGUGGUGGUACCCGGAAGUGACGGCAAGUUGUCGCUGGAUAUUUUCCUUGACCGUAGCACGCUUGAGAUUUUUUCGUCCGAUGGCGUCGUCACUAGCGCGCGUGUCUAUCCGCGGUACCAGGAGUCGCAGGACAUUACGAUCGAAGCGAGUGGGCAUAUUGUGUUUGAUAGCAUUUCACUGACGCCUUUGGGGUCGAGUUGGUGUUAG